UCUCUCUGCUCUUUCGCGAUGGGUGUCUCCAAGGUCUUACCGCACGAAACAUUCUGGCAGGAGCACUACCACUUCUUAGAAAGUCGCGGCUAUCGCCUCCGACCAAGAUAUAAUCCUCUGCACGUCCCUUCUCGUGCAUUCACACGCCGACGUUGGCAUGACCUGUCGCAUUUGUACCCUGAGGAUGAGAUAGCAAUGCUGCGUGCUUCCGUUUUGGACGCAGUCCGCGUAAGCGACAAUUCGACUGUCGUACUCCGCAGAGCGGCGACCUGGUCUGAUGAGAUACCCAUUCUGCAAUGUCUCGAGCGGCUGCGGUCGGAUCCUCGCAACCGCGCACCACCACUGCUGGAUAUUAUUCCUCUUUCCACUAGCGACGAUGAACUACUAGUCGUCAUACCCCUUCUUCGCGUGUACUACGAUCCGCCAUUCUCUUGUCCUCGACAGGUUUUGCAUGCUGUAGUGCAGUUUCUGGAGGCAAGUUCUCGACGUCAAUGUCAGACCGUCUAUAUUUACCUACGCCCCUUCCAGAUGAUGCAGUUUCUGCAUGAGCAUCGCAUUGCCCAUAGAGAUUUUUGCACGUAUAACCUCAUGCUAGAUCCCACAGACCUCUUUUCUGAGGGCUUUCAUUUUGUGAUGCCGGACUUCUCCGCAGACGGGCAGACAGUUGGACUCAACUAUCGCGACCGAGUGGAUGUUCCCGCUAUACGCUAUUUCGUCAUUGACUUCGGGCUGUCUACACACGGUCAGGCGCUGGUGACCGGUGUGUAUGGUGCGGACAAGACGGUCCCCGAACUAUCUUGGGAGAUACCCUACAACCCCUUUAAGGUCGACGUCUACCAGUUCGGACGUGUCAUUAUGCAUGAUAUGGUCGAACUGUACAGUGGCCUCGAAUGCCUGCGUACUCUGGCCGAGAGGAUGACACAGCCGGACCCAAGCCGGCGCCCAACUGCUACCGAGGCACUCGAACAUGUGCGAUUCAUGUUGGCGAACCUGGCUUCUACCGAGCUACAGCGCGAGAUUUGGCCUACAACUUAUUCUCGUCUCAUCUUUACCGAACGCCCUCGACCACCUCGUCAGCGCUGCUGCUGAUUUACUCCCAGUAGAGAUGUAUACCCCCUGCGUUAAAUCAUAGCAAUGACAUUAUCUUCGAUCUGCUU